AUAUGCAGUCCGCAGGAGUCUGGCAUGAACUCUUUGAGCAUUCGGAUGGUGACCAGAAGCCGAAGCCGGGGACCCGGGGACGGGCUGCGGGCGGGCAGGGAGGAGCCGAUGCCGCUCGGAAGGGGAGAGGCGGCUGCAGGUAGUGCCGCAUCCCGGCCGAAGCACAGGAGGAGAGGCGGAGGAAGGGGCCUGCAGGGGAUUAAGGGCUGCAGAUUGGGUCCCUGGCCGCUUCCCAGUGGUCUGACGAACUGCGCAGGCCGGGACCGGGACGCACGACGGAGCAACUAUUGAGUUCCGUCGCCCUACGGGCGGCCCUAUGUACCCAUUUUGCGCUCUUUUCCCGGAGGGGUCCACUGGGGCCUAUCCACGCAACCUGGUCCUGAGCAAGAAAGUUCUUCCUGUCCCAUUAGCCUGUCCCAGGAUACUGCAGUUGCCCCAGCCUGUGGGGCAAACCAGCCCUGUCUUCAGACAGUGAAUUCUUCUUCCCUCUGAGAGGCUGGGUGCCAAAGACACCCAGCCGUAAGUCUCCCCCAGCUAGAGGGGUGCUUCUGAGAGAAAACAGGAAAGGGCACGGCAUUCAUUGUAUUUAUCCUGUCACCAUAAAGGACGUGAUGUGUGCCAAGCACGGGACUUGGCAGUAAACAACACUGACGGGCCUUUGCACUUGUCCCCCAGAACUUCUGCAGAACUGGAUAGAGGGGGAGCCCCAAAGGCACCCGAGGACCCCAGGGGUGGUUCAGACAAGGACAGAAGCAUGGGGUAGGAGGAAGAGGUGUGCAGUGGGAACAGGCAGGUGAUAAUGUCAGCCAGAAUGGCAGCGACUUUGAUGCCAGGAUAGAGUUUGGAGUUCAUUGUAAGUACAAAGGGGAAUCAAUGAAGAGUUUUAAAAAGAGAAGUGAUAGGAUUUGAGUUUUGUGUUAGACAACUGUCUCUGAUGCAGUAUAAAUGACAUAUUGGAACAUCAUUGUAGAACCCCUUAUAGAGUUCCCACAUGCUGAUGUGGACCUUGUCAGGUGGGCAGUGAUGUAAGGAAAGCUGACAUGUCCCAGAGGGCAGAGUACCCUAAAGUGUAAUAGGUGAUGGACAAUUGUUGCAUGAAUAGAUGAAGGGUAUUCUAGCAGAUAGGGUAGCAUCCAUAUGCUAUUCUCACCUGUGGCCCCCUCUAAGGGGCACUUUUUGCAGAAGGAAGGAAAUGCCACCACCCUGGAAAGCAGCAGCAGAAAGCACAGAGACUGCAUGUGGCCUACGAGUCCUCAGAUGGUGAGAAAGGUGAAGAGACCAAGCCCCUCAAGGUGCCCGUCUGGGAGCCCCAAGACUGGCAGCAGCACCUGUUCAACAUUCGCACCAUGAGGAGCAAGAAGGAUGCACCUGUAGACCAGCUAGGGGCUGAGCACUGCUAUGACCCCAGUGCCCCCCCAAAGGUGACAAAACAGGUUGGAGCCAGACCCACAUGGCGCUACCCUGCCUGUGCUGUUCUGAGCGGGUACGGAGGUACCAGGUGCUACUGUCUCUGAUGCUCUCCAGCCAGACCAAAGACCAGGUGACGGCAGGUGCCAUGCAGCGACUGCGGGCCCGGGGCCUGACAGUAGACACCAUCCUGCAGACUGAUGACAGCACGCUGGGCGAGCUCAUCUACCCUGUCGGCUUCUGGAGGAACAAGGUGAAGUACAUCAAGCAGACCAGUGCCAUACUGCAACAGCGCUACGGCGGGGACAUUCCAGCCUCUGUGGCAGAGCUGGUGGCACUGCCAGGUGUUGGGCCCAAGAUGGCACACUUGGCUAUGGCUGUUGGCUGGGGCAUCGUAUCAGGCAUUGCAGUGGACACACAUGUGCACAGAAUCGCCAACAGACUUCGGUGGACCAAGAAGGCAACCAAGUCCCCAGAGGAGACCCGAAGAGGCCUGGAGGAGUGGCUUCCCAGGGAGCUGUGGAGUGAGAUCAACGGGCUCCUGGUGGGAUUUGGCCAGCAGACCUGUCUGCCCCUGCACCCUCGCUGCCAGGCCUGCCUCAACCAUGCCCUGUGCCCAGCUGCCCAGGGUCUCUGAGGGCUCCAGCCUGGGUAUGCUGGCCACUGUCUGUGAAGUGCCUUUGCUUGGGAGCCAUAGCCUGUUGAUUAAACCUUUGGGGUCAUUUGCA